CCAUAAGGUAUACACAGAAAACACAUUAUUUUUGAACCGAAAACCAAAACAAACUUUGAAUUCAAUAGAAAUCCAAUCGACGGCUCAGUUAUGACACCAAUCGUGAGGUCGUUAUCAUCCAUGAGAGCCAUCAUCUCGACGGGCGUCCAGACAAUGGUCACCACCAGGAGGUACCGAAGCGAUUGGCACCUGAUUAGCGCCGUAUGCCUCCAGAGAUCGCCACUAAUUGUUCCCGAAAUGAAUUGGUUGGAGAAGAAGAUGUCGGACGUGUUGGACACCGUUGAGACCAAUGGCAGCCUCUAUAAUGACCACGAGAUGAGACACUUCGAGGACGAACGACGCGCCAAACGGAUCGCCGCCGGAGACAAAGUGGACGAAAAGGAUUUGGAGGCGGCGUCCAAACAAACCGCUCAAGACUUUGAGGAGUACUUCCAGAAGAUGUUCAGUCAGUUCUCGAAGGCGUCGCGGAUCACACAAUCCGAUGUAACGAAUGACAGGAAAUCGUUGGACAGGUGUCUCGACCGCCAUCUGAUGCUCGUCUGUAGGCAACGAUUGGACAACACCGUCGAGGAAUGGCUUUUACCGCAAACGGUGAACAGCGGCGACGAGACUAUGAGAGAGACGGCCGAACGAGCGCUCCGGGAGUUUUGCCCAACGGGUCAGUUGGAGGUCGGCUUCUUAGGCAACGUUCCGUCGGCUGUCUAUUCGUAUAAAUAUCCGCCGCUCGUCACCGAUAAGACGCGUAUGAAUGGCGCGAAGAUCUUCAUAUUCAAAGCGCUCCACAAAAGCGGACACUUUGUUCCCAAUGAAGACAUUUGUUUGGACUACGAAUGGCUCAAUCGCACCGAAUUGGCCGCACGGUUACCGCAGAAGUAUUGGAGUACUAUCUGUGAGUCUCUGCUGUUGGAAGAGUUGGACAUCAAUGACAUCAUGAGUCGGAACAAGACUUUCCGGCGUAUCGUUAAGAAAAGGUUUUCGGUUUCCCAACAAUAGCUCAUUAAUUAAUUAGUGAA